AAACACGCCAGACAUCUCCUAAUGUUUCCUCAAGCGAGACAAGAGCAUGUGAACAUCUAUCUAAAUUAGCCAACUAAUAAAUGGUUUUUGAAUGAUCACGAAAACCGAAACGGAAAAAAGAGAAUGGAUGCCUCAAAGCACACGGACGAGGUUCGAGUCACGGAAAUAUGUGAGAAAUUAGACAAGUCAUCGCUGAUGACCACGGACAAGAUGGACACUUAUCAAGGGUAUGUCAAGGAGGGAAAAGAUGCUGCCAGAAAAGGAAACAUGUCAAAGUCAUUGGAACUGUUUCAGUUGGCUUACAAUAUCCACCCAAGUGACAAGCUUAAAGGCAGGAUAAAGAAACUCAAAGAAGCAAUUAAAGAGAUGGAACAGCAAGACUCUGAGGAUGAGUUUGAGGACUUUGUCAAUGUGAAUAACAGUGGUCUAAUGCUUUUCAAAGAUCUUUACGACAAACUGUAUGAUUACCAGAAAGAGGGUGUCGCUUUUUUAUAUGGUCUUUAUGGCAGGAGAGGGGGGAUUCUUGCUGAUGACAUGGGCUUGGGAAAGACCAUUCAGGUGAUUUCAUUCCUCUCUGGCAUGUAUGAUUCUGAGUUGGUGAAACAUUCUCUCCUGGUCAUGCCAACAUCGCUAAUCAAAAACUGGGUCAAAGAGUUUGCCAAGUGGACCCCUGGGAUGCGAGUCAAAGAGUUUCAUGGUUCAAGCAAAGCAGAGCGAAACCGGAACCUGGAGAAGAUUCAAAGGAGAGGGGGUGUCAUUAUUACGACGUACCAAAUGCUGAUAAACAACUGGGAGCUUCUUGCAUCGUACAACGGCGGCGAAUUCAAAUGGGAUUACGUCAUCCUGGACGAGGCCCACAAAAUCAAGACCUCGUCAACCAAGACCGCAAAAAGUGCCAGUUCCAUACCUGCUCAGAAUCGUUUACUUCUGACUGGUACUCCGGUCCAGAAUAAUCUAAAAGAGUUGUGGGCUCUGUUUGAUUUUGCUUGUCACGGGGCUCUCCUUGGUACUGCCAAGACCUUUAAAACGGAAUAUGAAAAUCCCAUCACCCGGGCGAGGGAGAAGGAUGCCACGCCAGGGGAGAAGGCCCUGGGACUCAAGAUGUCGGAGAACCUGAUGACCAUCAUCGACCCGUACUUCUUGAGGAGAACCAAAGCCGAGGUGCAGAGAAAAAAGCAGGAAUCUGAAACAGCCAAUCGCGACGACUUGGAGGCCGACGGCGCCGAAGAAAUUCCAAGGCUUGGCGGUGCUAUAAUGCCAACCCUGACCAGAAAGAAUGACUUCAUCAUCUGGACAUACCUAAGCGCAAUUCAAGAGGACAUCUACAAUAAGUUUCUAUCCUUGGACCAAAUCAAGGAGCUGCUCAUGACCACCAGGUCACCACUCGCUGAACUGAACAUCCUGAAGAAACUAUGCGACCACCCAAGACUCCUCUCCGCCAGGGCUGUUGCUCAGCUAGGCCUGGAAGAGGGAACAUCUGCAAACAUCAACGAUGAAAAUGCGUCCGCUGCUAACAUGAUCGACAACAUAUCGGACAAAACACUGAUCUCGGAAUCGGGCAAGCUGAUGUUCCUUGUCGACCUGCUGCUCCGGCUCAAGGAAGAAGGCCACCGCACGCUCGUUUUCUCCCAGUCGAGGAAGAUGCUGGACAUCAUCGAGCGAGUCCUGGUCAACAAGGGUUUCAAGGUCAUGAGAGUCGACGGCACCGUGAUACACCUCGCAGAGAGGGAGCGCCGCAUCUCUCUCUUCCAGACCGACAAGCGGUACUCUGUCUUUCUCCUGACUACACAAGUGGGAGGGGUUGGAAUCACGCUGACAGCUGCUGAUAGGGUGGUUAUUUUCGAUCCCAGUUGGAACCCAGCCACCGACGCACAGGCAGUUGACAGGGCCUAUCGAAUUGGACAGACGGAAAAUGUCGUCAUAUACAGGCUGAUCACCUGUGGUACGGUGGAGGAGAAGAUAUACAGGCGGCAGGUGUUCAAAGAUUCUCUGAUCAGACAGACCACAGGGGACAAAAAGAAUCCAUUCAGGUACUUCAGCAGACAAGACCUGAAGGAGCUUUUCACACUGCAAGACACCCGAACCUCCUCCACACAGCUGCAGCUUCAGUCACUGCACUCCACCCAAAGGUGCAGUGACCCUCAGCUCGACGAACACAUCGCCUACCUUUACACCAUGGCGAUGUUUGGCAUCUCCGAUCAUGACCUCAUGUUCUCGAAUGAAACGCACAACCAAGAAGAUCAUCCCGAGGAUCAGGAAUCCCACCAGUACAUAGAGAACCGGGUCCAGAAAGCUCAGGAGCUGAUGAAAGCCGAGUCCGACUUGCACAAGCAGCUUAAAGAAAGCAUCGAAACCAACACCGAGCCAGCUUGGCUGCGAAAACCACCGCAGAACACAAUGGGAUCAACUGAGAGGAAACCCAAGGGUCCAAGCCCCAGCCCCCCCUCUCCUAAAAACAGCUUUGCGCUUGUUGAUCUCACCCAAACUGGGUCGAGGGUUGAGAGCAACAUACUUAAUCUGAGUGACAAGUUUGUUGACCUAACUGUGGAUGAAAACAUAGAAGAUCCGUGUGAGGAAAAGAAUGCAGAAAAGAAUAACGUCGACUCUUCCAUGGAUCUGUCUCUUGAGGAGGUACUGUCUGAUAAGGAGGCGCUUGACGCUUCUGUUCAAGAGGUGAUCGAUGAGUCUUUCCCGGUGAAGGAGGGUGACAUGACUGCCAACAGUGCGGAACUCAGCGGUCAAGACUCUGCCACCUCACCUGCGGAACACAAUGGUCUAGCAUACACCCCCUCACCUGAUAAACAAGACAAACGCCAAGAUGUGUACUUCUCUGCUGAACUUAACAGCCCGUCACUAAAUCAUCCGCAUGAAUCCUCGGGAGACGCGAGAGACUUGCCUGUCAAACCCCUGAAGAAUCAUAGACUGUCUAUACUACAGACAUCUAAUAUGAGCCAAGGGAGUCAUAAAGAAACACCAUCAAAGGCAGAGGAAGACUUGGAGUUUCUUCCAAGUAGUUUCAAUUUAAAAUGGGAGGACAGUGCCAGUGAUGCUUCAGGAGAGGAACCCGAGGAGAACCAGGAGGGGAAUUCAGGGUUUGCACUGCAGAUGGAUGGCAGCUACAGUGAAGGUGAAAGCCCAGCUGUGAAAUCCACGAAAGAGAAUAAUGCCUUUGGUCUCGGCGGAACCCAUGUCUCAGAUGCAGACCAGUCCGUAAACGACUCCUUCAUCGCCAACAAAAAAAAGAAAAGGGCGGCGCUCAUUUACGAUAGCGAGGAAGAUGAGGAGGGGUGUCAUUCAAACACGAGUGAAUUAGACGAACCCUUUAAUGGUUUGGGAUCUUCCACACCCAAAUCGGUCCGAACUCUGUCCACCUCCUUCGGGGUCAGGAAGAGCUUCGGAGGUAACACAUCUGUGGCCUCGCGACGCUCCUUUGUGGAAUCUGUAAUUGAGGAUGUAGAGGACCUACAAGAAGACAUGGAUGAUGAUGAUGAUGAUGAUGAUGCUGUUUCAAAUGAACACUCUGAUGGCGAAAGCAAUGGAGGAGAGAUGAAUGGGUCUCAUGCCGAGUCUCUGAUGGAGGAAGAGGAGCCCAUUGGAGAAACGCUGAACACUGAGAACGAUGAAAGCGAGGGAGGAAGAAAUGAGUCGAUGAACGUCGGAGAUUCCGAAACUGGAGAAGAUGAAGAAAGUGCGCUGGAGGAAUCGACCAGUGAUCCCGAGCUUGCGUCUAGUGAGACAAUGGAUCACUACACUGUUAAAACGGACGUCUCAAAGUCUAAAACAUUGGAAAAGAACGAUUCAUCUGUGACUGAGGGGAAAACUUAUGAAUCACUUGUAAAAAUUGGGAAACAGUGUUACACGGAAGGUAAACUUGAUGAUGCCUUGAGCUGCUUUUUGAGGGCAUUAGACAUUCAAAAUGGUGACCCAGAAAUCCAGCUGUUGACAAUUCAACUGUACCGAGAAUUAAAUACGAAAUGAAAGCAGUUAACUAAACCUUUUUUUUUAUUUUUAUAAAUGCCUACAGUAGAUAGAAGCAUAUUCCUAUUAUAUGUGCACUAGGUGUAAUAUACGUGUCAGGAUGUGUUAAAGAAGCAGUGAUUAUCAUGUUCUCACAUUUUCAUUGUUUACACCAAGUCAAGUUGUAUUGAGAUGACUUUUGUUAAUAUUUGUAAACAAAUAUACCAGUUGACAAUUUGAGAAAAUACUGUAUUAAAGCCAUAAUUGUCAGUAAAAUAAAAAGUAGUUUUGGU